AUUUCCGCGUAAAGCAAAUUGUCAUAACAAUGUUUGAUUUCUAUUUUAAUAUAUGGUAACUACUAAUUUCUCUUCCUGAUGUUUGAUAAGAGGAGCUAAACAAAUAAAGAUUAAAAAUGAUUAUUAAACUUGCCAAUGUAAUAAGUUGUUCUUCACAACAUCCAUCUUAUCCUGGAUCUAAUCUUCUGCAACAUCAUUCAAAUUCUUCAUGGCGUUGUGCCAAACCUGGAGAAAUGCUUGCUACAGUUAUCUUUCAAUUAGCAGAACCAUCAUGUAUCAAGGGUUUAGACAUUGGCAAUUAUCGUAGUUGUGUAGUAGUUGUUACUGCUUCUACAUCAUUAGAACCUGACAAUUGGAUUCCCAUUGUUAAUCAUCAAUUUUUAACACAUGACGAAGCUGCAAAUGGCAAAUUUAGAGAUCAAGUACAAAUAUUUACAAAGAAAGAUUUAAAUCCAGAUACUUUAAAUAUAAAAUUUGAUCGUGUGAAAGUAACUUGCAUGCAGUCUGCAAAUCUGAAAGAAUUAUUUGGACUAUCUUUUAUUAUACUGAAAACAGAAGUUGUAGUUGAUUUAGGGUUAGACGUUUUUGGAAGGUUUAAGUUGAAACAACCAGAUGAUGACAAUAACAAAUCAUUAGAUGAUUUUAAGGAGAAAUAUAAAAAAAUGUUUGACAACAAAAAAACAGAUUACAAAGAUAAAUUGCUUACUAAAGUGAAAGAAAUUGGAAUGAAUAAUUUUUCUAAGCGACAAGAAGAAAAUAAAGAACCAAUGAAAAGGCCAUUAUUAGAAAAAUUAGAAGCAGGAAAAACAGAAGAAGUAUUUGGAAGAAAAAACAAAGAAUCUAAUAACAUAACUUCAAUAAAUAGUUCUAAAGACAAAGAUGAAAAAGUUGCAAAUAAUAAACCACUUGUAAGAACACCAUUUGGUGAUAUUGUACCUUCACCUUCAUCUAAAACAACUAAAAAAGAUACAAAAAAAAAUGAAAGCCAGAGACAGAGUACAAGUUCAAAAAAACGUUCUUUAAGUCCAGAACAAAAUUUGUCAACAGAAAAUAUAUAUAAAAAGAAACAAGACUGUCUUCAAUGUCAAGAUGAAUCAGAAAAUAAAAUAUGUAAUAAUUGUGGACGAUUACCAGAACCCAGAAUAGUAGCUAGACCAGAAAGAACUGUGAAAAAGACAGCUACUGAAUUGCAGAAACCAAAAAAAUUAUUUUCAAAGCUCUUUGAAGAUGUAUCAUUUUCACUUAGUGGAUAUGUUAAUCCGCAGAGAGAUGAUAUUAGAAGAAAGGCUCUUCAAAUGGGUGCAAAGUAUAUUGCUAAUCCCAACACAACCAAUAAAAAAUGUACUCAUUUAAUCUGUGCUUUUAAAAACACACCAAAAUAUCAACAAUUAAAGAAUCAUUCUAAAAUAGUUUCACACAGUUUUGUUGAAGAUUGUUUUAAUAAGAAGACAAGAUUUCCUUGGAGGCGUUAUGCAUUAGAUACUAAAGCUAGUACUGAGCCUGAAAGUGAAGAAGAAAUUUUGAGUAGUUCAUCCCCACCUAGAACAUUCAAUGUAUUUGAUGAGGAUACUGAUUCAGAUUCUAAUUACUAAAAUGAAUAUUUUUCGUAAAAUUUAAUUUAGAUUAAAAAUAA